AUUCCACUCCAGUUGAUGAUGAAAAGCCUUCAACAUCAAAGAGAGUCAAACCCAAAGGGGAAGCAAAAGUCGAACCCGAGGAAAAAAUACCUGCGAAGACUCCAGGUGGGGGGAAAACCAAAGGUAGAAAGAAGAAGGAAAAAGUGUCAGGCACAAGUAUUGAAGAAAAAGAGAACAAAGAUACCAGUAAUAUACCUGUUCAAAAGUCUGGUGUCAAGACAGGUGUUGACAGAGUUGUGGUUGUGAAAGGCAGAGCAGCUGUAGAUGCACUUUGCCCAAUUGCCAAGACAUCGCAUGUGUACGAAGAGGAGGAUGACAUCUGGGACUGCAUGCUUAAUCAGACAAAUAUAGAAUUCAACAACAACAAAUACUACCUUAUUCAGCUAUUGGAAAGUGAUGCAGGAAAUACUUUCUCGGUGUGGAUGAGAUGGGGCCGUGUUGGAGCCAAUGGCCAGAAUUCCCUUCAUCCUUGUGGAAGUGAUCUGGAAAAAGCCAAGAGUAUUUUUUGCAACAAGUUCAUCAAUAAAACUAAGAAUGCAUGGCAUGAACGCCAUAGUUUUGAAAAAGUGAAAGGCAAGUACGAUUUGCUUGCUAUGGACUACUCUGACGGUAAUGAUGAACCUGACUCAAGGGCAGCCAGAGAAGAGAUGAAGGAACAGCGCAAGAAGCUUGAGUGUAAACUAGAGGCAAGGGUGAAGAUCCUGAUUGAGUUAAUCUGCAACAUUACCCUCAUGGAAGAAACCGUUGUGGAGAUGAAGUAUGAUGCUCGUAAGGCCCCUCUGGGAAAACUUACUGUUGACCAGAUUAAGGCAGGAUAUCUUGCCCUAAAAAAGAUUGAUGACUUGAUUCAGAGAGGAAGUUACAAGAACAUGGAACUUGUUAAUGCAUGUAAUGAUUUCUACACAAGAAUACCUCAUUAUUUUGGGAUGAAAGUGCCACCUCUUAUUCGCACGAGAACAGAACUUCAGGAGAAGAUGUCAUUACUUGAGGCUUUGGGAGAUAUUCAAGCAGCACUCAGUGUUCUAGACCAGCCUAUAGACAUCAAUGUUCAUCCAGCUGACCAACAUUACCUUAGUCUUAAAUGUGAUAUUUCUCCUGUUGAAAAAGAAUCUGCAGAUUUUAAGGUAAUAGAGAAUUACCUGCUCAAAAAUCAUGGCAAGACCCACAGACAAUAUUCACUAGAACUGUUGGAGUUAUUUGAAUGCAGGAAAGAGAGUGAAUAUGAAAGAUUCAAGGAUGUUGGGAAUAACAUGUUGUUAUGGCACGGUUCCCGACUCUCAAACUGGGCUGGAAUCCUGAGCCAAGGUUUAAGGAUUGCUCCUCCAGAAGCUCCUUCUACUGGAUACAUGUUUGGCAAAGGCAUCUAUUUUGCUGACAUGGCGAGCAAAAGUGCCAAUUACUGCUGGGCAUCAGAGUCAAAUAAUGUUGGCCUGUUGUUGUUGUCAGAAGUAUCAUUAGGAAAGACAAAUGACUUACUGGAUGCUGACUACAAUGCCAACAAACUCCCUAGUGGUUGUCACUCAGUCAAGGGCUGCGGAAGAUUUGUGCCACCAAGCAAGAACCUCACAAAGUUGUCUGACGGGACAGUGGUACCUUUGGGGCCUGCUGUGAAAUUAGGAGGGAGCACAAAUUACACACUCAUGUACAAUGAAUUCAUAGUAUACAAUCCAGCACAAGUCCGCACAAGGUUCCUGUUAAAGGUGAAAUUCCAUUUCGGGUAGACUGUUACGUGUGUUUAACUGAAAGUGAAAGUGAUAAAUGUGACCACUUGUUAGGAAUAUUAUUAAUAUUGAACUUGUUAGGAAUAUUAUUAAUAUUAAUAUUAUUAAUAUUAAACAUGAGGAAAAAAGGUGAAAUUUCUGUAGAAACAUUUCAGCUACUUGAUGGAAAAUCCCUGAAGCCCUCUUGUAUAAGUUUGUUGAUAUAACGUGAUUUUUAUUGUUUGUGAGCACUAUAUUGAUUGUAUGUUACACCAUUUUUACCAAAAGAUAGAGGUUAUUUUGGUAAAGUUGGCAACCUUUUUCAGCAUAGUAAGAUGUCAUUUCUUCUCUCACAACUUGAUCUGCAAAUAAUGAUUCUCUCUCUCUCUCUCUCUCUCUCUCUCUCUCUCUCUCUCUCUCUCUCUCUCUCUCUCUCUUCUUCCUUCUCUCUCUCUCUCUCUUCUCUCUCUUCUCUCUCUCUCUCUCUCUCUCUCUCUCUCUCAUAUAGGUUUCAGUACAAUUGUGCUGCAUUUUUCUGCAGUUCACUAAAUAAACACAAGAGUCCUA